UGUGUGUGUGUGUAUGUGUGUGUGGAUAGAAAGGGAAUAAAAUCGUUCUCGGAAUGUUUAAGUCAUAUCGCAUGACAAAAAACCGGAUAGCACUGCUACUAAAGUAUACAUUCUCAAGAAUGAUUAAUACAGAAAUUCGGGUCAUCCGAAAAAGAUAUUCACGCACAUCUGUAGCUCGUGCGGGAAACGAAACGCGCGGAAAGGAUGUUUUACGUAGGGCAAGAAAACGUGAUCUUCAACAAUUUAUAAUAAACGCUUUAUUUAAAACAAUUUGUUAUAAAGGUAUUUUUACUCGAGUCACCCUGAUUAUUAAAAACUUGUCCCUGAGAUAUUUUCAGACACCGUGAGAUUCUUCAGUGAUUUGUGAUAAGAAUUUCUCCCGAAAUUUUGGGAGAAAGAGAGAGAAAAAGUUACGUGCGUUAUUCGGGCUUGAUUAACGCCAGGAAGCGGGACCGCACCGCGUGGGAAUUGACGAAAAAAAGGAACGUGAGUAAAGAUGAGCAAUCACAAGCGUGAUUCAGCGGUCGACGAUGCACGGAGGAGCAAGCACGGCUGCUCGCCAAGGAGCGAGAGCGGCUGACUGUACCGCUCUUCCGGGAAUCCAUAUUUCGCCAACCCGAGCCUCCGGGUUCGCCCGUCAUUCGCCUCGCCCCGACCGAUUUCGAUUCAUUCAAGUCGACAUCGACUAGAUCGAAGCAUCGUCCCGCGACGUGAUUACGCGACGUUGUAUCGUGCCACAUGGCGAAGUUUCCUUAUGUUACGAGAAAAAUAAUUCGACGAUCUAUCGUGCGGUCAAGUGAUUAGAUAUUCGUAACGUGCAAGAUGCAUAGAAGCAGAAAAUUAUCAUAAAUCUAUAUAUAUAUAUAUUUACAGUGAGUAUUUGUAUACAGUGCAAACAAAAAGAAAUCAAAAGCGAAGUGAUCAAGUGAUUAAAUAUAUAACGUGAAAAUGAAUGACCUGUUAUUCGAUCUUAGGCACUAAGAUCGAUAUGUAUGUGACACACUUUAGUAUGUCACAUACCUUAUUGUUAGUGAAAACACGUUGCGAUAUAAUUCAAGUGUAAUCUCGACGAAGAAUGUGUGUAUGUGUGUGUGCGCGCGCCAGACUUACGAUUGUGAUUUUAUUUAAAAAGAUUUAAUUUUGACACCAAAAUUAGGCGGGAAUGCUCUUAUUCGAUGUAAGAUGGCGACAAUAAGUGAUCGGUUCACGGAGAAAGAUCGUGAAUUUUCAGUGGUUCUCAAGAUUUCGUGUAUCGUGAAUCGAACAAAUGACUCAUGCACAGUCGAAUAGAAAAUCAAAAGAGGGUAAAAGUAGCGAUAAGAAAAUAAACCUGAUCUCGAGGUACACAUAUAUAUGUGAGUGCGAUAUCCCCAGAUGCAUGGAGUAUAUAACGUUGAAGUUAUGGAAGCGUCGACAAACGACGAGAAGAACAGUGAUGAAGAUUCCGACGGUCGCCGCGAAUCCGAGCAAAUUAUGGUGCCAUCCGGUAAAUAUCCAUCCAAUCGGCGAACGACGUGCGGAAGCUGCGUCUUGAACUCAUUAAUGGAUGAGAAGUAUCCUACAAUAAUCUCGGAUCCUCGUCUUUCAGAUCCGUCCAAGUGGAACUCGAGCCACAUAAACAAUUGGAUUUCAUGGUGCAGUCGAACAUUUGCCAUAAAAUCAGGUUCCAUCGCAGCGAUACUCCCGUCGACCGGCAAGGAAUUGCUGCGAUUAACGCUGCAAGAUUGGCGGGAUAUCGGCGGGACGGCAGGCAGUAUCCUGGCGAAACACUUGGCUUGCCUUCGUCUACAAGCCACUGGCGUGCAUACUCCGGGCUUACUGCAAGAAAACGAAAAUGAAGGAAUUGAAAGGUUCAGCCUCCUACAACGGACUUGCUCGCUGAUUGGAUCAACGGCUGGAGCCGGCGGCUCGGGGGCGGUCGGAGGCGGACAGGUUCAACUCUGGCAAUUCCUACUGGAGCUGCUCGCAGAUUCGUCUAACUCAUCCUGCAUCGCGUGGGAAGGCACGAACGGGGAAUUCAAGCUCACCGAUCCGGACGAAGUGGCGCGCCGCUGGGGCGAGCGCAAGAGCAAGCCUAACAUGAAUUACGACAAGCUGUCACGCGCGUUGAGAUAUUACUACGACAAGAAUAUAAUGACGAAGGUUCACGGUAAACGUUACGCUUACAAGUUCGAUUUUCAUGGCCUGACGAUGGCCUGCCAGUCGCAAGCCGGCAUCAUGCUGGAAGCGUCAACGUCGUCGUCGCGCGUGACAAACGCGAGCUGCCAUCCCCAUCAUCAGGCACAUCGCGCUCAUCGUUUGUAUCCGGUGGGGCUUGGUGCUCAGCACUCCGUAUCGUCCACCUUCCAAACGGAGCCGUCGCCUUCCAGUCAGCAGCUACCGCCACCGCCGCCUCCGCCGCCGCUGCCACCGCCGCAUUGGUCGUAUCGAUAUUCACCACCGACAUAA